AUGGACAUCGGCUGCGGUUUCAUGAUAAUUCAAUCGGGAUCCAUGAGUUCUUUCAGCCGCAGUAUCCGUAAGCGCACCUUUAUAAACAUAUUGACACGUCACUGGACGCUGUUUCUUUUGGGUUUUGUUCGGUCAUUGGCAACAAGUGCGGUGUCCUACGAUGUACCUGUGGAGGAGUACGGCGUUCACUGGAACUUUUUUUUGUCUCUUGGAGUCACCAAGAUUCGUAAGUCUCAGUUCUCGUUGAUGCGCGUGCUCUUGCUCUCUGUUAUACCGGAGAGUCUGGUUAACCUGGUACCCUUCGUCAUAGCAUUCGUCUACGAGUGGUUGCUAUGGCUUUUCGACGCAGUGCAUACCGUUCCGGCGAUAGUGCGGACCAAUCUGCUCACGGCGAAUAAGGAGGGUAUUGUAGCUGUACCCAACUCCGUAUCAUUAUUUUUCAUCGGAUAUUGCGGCGCCCGUGCGUGCGGUAAAGUCUACCGGGUACGCGGUCGGGGGGUUGCUAUGGUUUUUAGUGCAAGGUAA